UUUUCUGCAGUCAAAAAUUUUUGGUCUCACGCGUAGUUCGUACAUUUCACAAUUUUCAUUGGGAAAACUCGUUGGACAAUUGUCACAUGGGCAAGAUGAGUGAUUUAUGUAAACGAAACAAUUUGUCACGGACUUUUCAAUCGAAAUCUUAAACGAAAUGAACUUUCAUAAUCCGUUUUGAGCACAUUUUCGCUUCCCUUGUGACUUUGACGUAUUAAAGUGUGUGGCAAAAAAUACAAAAAGAAAAAAAAAAAAGAAAAUUGGCACGAAAAAUCAGUGUUUUUUUUUCCUAAAUAAAAUUACAUAAAAACGUUAAUAGUAUGAAUUCAAUUGCUUUGAAUGUGAAUUGAAUUUUUUUUGCAAAUGUGAGUGUGAAUGUGGAAUUGAGAAUAAAAACAAAAACCAAUAAAAAUAAUAUUAGACGCAGUAGUGUAGCAUGCAUUCACUCAGCUGGACUUCGAGAUUAAUCUCGCGUGCUUUGCGUAGUGGUUUCUCGACCUUAGUGGAAUCCGCCAAUAAAAGUGCACCUACUCCUAACGCCAGUAAAUCAAAACCACAUUUCGUGUCGGUCGUGUGUGGUUUCCCCAAAGACUUUCUAACAUCCCGCUACAAACCAGGCAAAUAUGGAGAAGACUCAUAUUUCAAGACUUCCACCAAUACGGCGGACGUAAUUGGCGUUGCCGAUGGCGUUGGGGGAUGGCGUAGUUACGGUAUUGAUCCCGGAGAGUUUUCAUCAUUUCUCAUGAAGACAUGUGAACGUCUAGUCCAUUGUGUUAAUUUUAACCCACAACGACCUGUUAAUCUCUUAGCUUAUAGUUAUUGCGAAUUGUUAGAACAAAAAAAACCAAUUCUAGGCAGCAGUACAGCGUGUGUGCUGGUGCUGAACCGUGAGAAUAGCACAGUCUAUACAGCGAAUAUCGGAGACAGUGGCUUCAUGGUGGUACGAAGUGGUGAAAUCGUACACAAAUCAGAGGAGCAACAACACUAUUUCAAUACGCCUUUUCAACUAUCAUUGCCUCCACCAGGACACGGCCAUAAUGUGCUUAGCGAUAGUCCAGAUUCAGCUGAUACACUCAGCUUUCCCGUAAAGGAUGGUGAUGUUAUAUUAGUAGCAACAGAUGGUGUAUUCGAUAAUGUGCCAGAAAAGCUGUUAUUAGAUGUACUCAAAGAGGUCGAAGGCGUGUCAGAUCCAGUCAAAUUACAGAUGACUGCGAAUACAUUAGCGUUUAUGGCGCGAUCGUUAUCGUUCGAUAGCGAAUUUAUGUCACCGUUUGCAAUAAAUGCAAGACGGAAUAAUAUAAAUGCAACAGGUGGUAAACCUGACGAUAUAACUGUGGUACUCGCAACUGUAGCAAUGUGAAAUUAAUUUAAAUAUUAGUUUUUAAUUAUAAGAAUAGAAUUUAAUUUAACUUUUAAUUUUAAUUAUUUUCAUUUUGCUGACAUGAUUUUUUUUAGAUUUGACUUUUGUUAUACACACGAUUAUGUUUACGAUUAAUGUUUUUUUCUAAGUUUAGUUUGUAGUUGGCUAAUUAUUUUUAAUGCUAAUACUGAUAUUUGUUUUUAUUUUAAAACGAAUUAUAAUAAAAAAAUGUAAUUAUUUUAUUUUAUUUUUAUGAGUGUAAAUUGUCAGUUUGUUAACGUAUUUUAUGCUUAACGAUUUAUUUAUAUAUAAAAAGAUUUAUUAAAACAAAUAGUUCCUCGACUUCUUUGUUUUGAUUUUGAUUACCUCAUUUUUUUGAAAACUCCCUAACUGUCACUAUAUUGCAGUUGCGAGUAUUAUUUAAUAUAAUUAACAAAGGCCACUUGCCACAUUGCAUGCUGGUGGAUAAUCGUUAAUAAAUUUACAUUUGAGAAGUGUGCUUAAUGAUGUUUAAGUAUA